AUUUCUGUUCCAGCGAUUUACAUCUGCAUUUGCAUCGGCUGCUGCUGCUGCUGAUGCGAUUAUGUCAUCGCCAAUUGGUUCACUGAUUCGACAAGGUUCCGAUGUGUCUUGGUCUCGGGCCUCGAGUUGUAAAUAGUUAUUUUAGUCGGCGGAAUGAUUCUAUCGCUGCGUCCUGCCUUCCUCUGGCUAGUAAUGCUGCUGCUCCUGAUGGAACUGGUUGAGGUGUGGUCCUCUUGCUGUGCCUGUCCAGCAACCCGCUGCAAAAUCCCACAGUGGCCCUGCUGCAAUAAGAAGUCCAAGUGGUACCAUUCAGUUUUCGGUUGAGAAGUGAAGAUGGUAAAUAAAAUAUUUCUCUAAAUUGAAAUUAAAUAUAUUUGAAAAAUC